CAUUGAUGCGCAUUGUUUCUACGUUGCGUUGUGUUAUGGCGUCUUGAUUGUGCGCAUCUGUGCUCAUUUAUGCGCUUCGAUAACUGUUUUAAACGCCAUUAACUUUAAUUAUUGUUUCUUUACGAACGAUUUCAUUUGAUGUUGAGUUUUAUGCUGUUUUCUUGCGCGCGGAAGCAAUUUUUAAGAUUAUUUUUUAUAGUUUUACAAGAAGACACAGUUUUAUUAGCAAUUUUUCAUUUUUAUUGCCUCAGAAUACUUUAAAUUAAGAAAAUAUGCACAUAUAUUUAUGAAAUAUGUGUUUUUUCUCAUAAAAAUUACUAUUUUCUUCGUUUUCUUACAUAAAAACUACGUUUUGUGAUUAAUUUUUUGUUUCAAAUGAUUUAAUAACGUCUAAGUUAAUGAAAUUUCACUAAAAUUUAAUUGAAAUUUGUCUAAUAAUGAUAAAUCAACGAAUCGGGGAAUGAAAAGGGAAUCCGAACAUAUUUUCCGACCGAAUUCCGACGUGACACGAAUUUUUACUAACCCAGAUGUGUAAAAUGAAAAACAAGCGCCAUACAACACGCACACGGACAAGACUCGCGUGCAAAAGUGCAUAAUUUUUACACGUUGCUGCAUACAAAGUAAUGCACGCACAAAUAUGAGUGCACAAAUGCGCACGGCGGUGCCAAAAUGGCGGCGUAUGUGUCGAGGGCGCUCGCGUGCUCAUUACGACCACCGCGCACGGGCAUUAACAUAUCUCGGUCAAUGAUUAAGUCUGCAAUUUGCAAAUAAUCACGAACAGUAUACGCGGGCAUUAAUACGAGGAAAAUCCGCGUGCCGCACGCGGCGUGCGAAACGCAAAGAAACCGUGAAAAGUGUUCACCGUCAUCUUCAAUCGGCCGAAAACCAUCCGCGCGCGCUGGGGGAUAUAAAUACCGCUAAUUACGUGCGCAUAUGUCCAUUUUGAGUAAUACCCUCGUCGAGUGCACAACAUAAACCAUACUAACAUAAACUAUUGUAGAAUAUCAGAAUUCAAUAUGAAGAUACGAGUGGUUGCCUACACGUUCAUCAAAAGUGCGUGCGUCCUGCUGUGCGGCCAUCUUGUGCAGGCGUUCGAGUGGCCAUUGGAUACGGCCGAGACACAAAUCGUGAAAAAAGUUCUCGUCGAGUGUCUGGAGCGCGACACGCACGCCUGUUUUGCGGAGAAACUCACACGCGCCGUGGACAACUCCGUCGACUGGGACAUUCCGAUCUUUGAAGGGAUUACUCUCAAGCGAAACAAUGUCCACAUCAAUAAGACCAAGAUGGCCGAUGUGAACUUGAAUCAAACAUCAACUUCCGAAUCUACAUCGCGUGGUCUUUCCGGAAUGGAUCAACUGUACAACUCUGUAAUUCGAUUUAUUGAUGCGCACACUUUGACUUUGGAUUUCGGAGAAGUUGAUAUUAAUGGAUCUGAAGGAGGACGAACCAUUGAGGAUAUCGAAUUCCGUGAUGGCGGCGGUAAGAGGAAGAAAAUUGGUAAAAAGGAGCGCAGACGUGUGCAGUACGCGCUUUUUGUGUUGCUGGGAAUUUUCGGCUUGACAGCGCCGUUGAUUUUGAAAACUUUGGGAAUCAUGGCUGGCAAAGCGUUGCUUUCAAGUAAAGUGGCACUGAUUAUGUUGGGAUCAAUUGCGUUGAAGAAGAUCUUCCAAGCGGACAAUCAUUCUCCCGUCAAGGUGCACACACACACGAUUCCCAUACAUGAGGACGAUCACGACAGAUACGAUUAUGGCGCUUAUAAUAAUUAUUACACGGCGAAUAAGUACUACACCAAGUCACCGCUUAAUUUAAUUUGAUGGGAAUAGUUUCAGGCACAUAUCACAACAUAAUACUAUUUAUUAAUGUUCGUCAAAUUAAUAUGUAUUUAUUUUAUAAUAUGGUUUAAGUGCGAAUCGGUUAAGCAACCACUGAUAUUUAUGUUAUGUAUUUAUUUUUAUUUAUUUUAUUGUAAAUAGUUUAUAUUUAUUAAUUAUUUAUUUGGUUUAGUUUGUAGAUGUGUAAUUGGUAAUUGGUGUUUAGAACUUGCAUGACAUUCGUAUGUAGAUGAAUACGUCAUUUGUGAAUUCUGACUUUAGUUUUUAGUAAAUUAUUGUAGUUGAAGUAGUUGUAGUUGAUUGUAUGUUAUGAUUUACUUCGUUUUUAUUUAGAUGCA